UGGUACGUAAUUAUUACGUGUUGCCCGAACUGGCCACCGGAGAUUGUCGUCGGUGGGGCGAUGCGACAAACGGUCGUGUCGACAACCGCGGUUGGCGGUUAAUGACGUCAUUGUGCAUCAUUGACCAAUGGCACAUCGCAACUUCAGGUGAGCACCUCGUUCCCGCGAAAUUCCUCUGCGCUGUCGUCGAUACGCCGGAGCACGAACCCGCGCCCGAUCACUCACAAACCUGAAACCACAGUACUUUGCCGACCGACCGCUUGUAGUUGUCCCAUCGACUUUCGUCACUCCGUUAAUUUUUCAUACCCACGUUGGACGAGAGAAAUCGCCUAUCGCAAACGCCAAACGGUCUUCCGAAGAAAUUUCAGUGGUGUACCACAACGACGUACGUUUUUAUUUCCAAAGAAUAAUUUUUCAUAAAUCCCCCCCUCCACGCUUCCAACGUUCGCCGAUUUGCGUCGCAAUUUGCAUGCACAUCUGGUGAGCCCUGAAUUACUGUCUCCUGUAAAAGGGAGGUAUUGCUGUUGUGAAUCGAAAGCACCAUUACUUUUGUAAGCACCAAAGCGAAUCCAAAAACCAAGCCAUCAUGUUCUACUGCAUCCAAAACUGUGUUAUCUUCAUGUCCUGCCGAGAAAACCGGCACCCCAAACGUGAACAUUCAAUUGCUCCAGCCAUUAACACAUCAAACGGUCUUGGAGACCAGUUCAAGUUCACUAAUGUACGAUGCACCCACCAAAAUGGAGGGCUUAGUGGAUGAAUUUUUAAAUAUGUGUGCAAACGAAAAAAAUAAAUGCGAUAGACAAGCACCCGGGAUUAUAAAUUCAAGUAACAGCACUAAUGACAUAACUAUGUACAGAGAAGACGAGCCGUAUUUAGACAUGUUUCAAAUGGAUGCGCCUGCUUUAUUGGAGCCAUUCUCAACACCUCAAAAUGUUUUCACAAUCGAUGACGAAUUUCAAAAGAUAAACAAACCAGAGAUAGAACUUAUUAUACCUUUAGAAGAUGCAGCUUUUAAACAACCAAUAUCUAUGAGAAAAAACUCUACCCUCAAAUUAGAUGUUGGGCUACAACAAAUUCAGUCUACUAGUUACGGUGACAUUUUAAACACACCAGAAGUUGUAAAAACGCUGACUGAACAAGAAUCUGCUUUUAAUCUUUUAGCUUAUGUUUUUGAUGAAAAAAAAACUGACAAUUUGGCUGAAGUACCUACACCCAAAGAUGUAACAACUGUAUCACCAACCUCUCAGUGGACUCGAAAACGACGUAGUAGUAAUUCAUCAGCUUCAAUACAGACAGACGAUGAUGACUAUCCUAAGCACAGAAAGCCUAAUGAAGAUUACCAUUCAUCUGAUGACAAGUAUCGACAAUUGAGGGAUCGCAAUAACGAAGCAUCUCGUAAGUCUAGAGCUACAAGAAAAGCCAGAGAAAAUGAGUUAAAUGGCAGUGCUAGUCAAUUGGAAGCCACCAACAGAAGGUUGGCUAUCAAAGCUGAAGAACUGGAGAAAAUGGUCAACGAUAUGAGACAAGCUUUAUUAAAAAUUAUGACGAAGAAAAAAUAAAAAUAAUAUUAUAAAAUUAUUAAAAAAAAAAUUCAUGUACUAACCUCAUCAUCAAAUUACACUGAAAAAAUAAUCUCAGGCUUGUAAUAGAGAUUUAUUUUACAUGUUAUAAUCUGUGUGCUUAUUUUGUAAACAUUUCAUUGCAACAAAUAAUAAUAAAUAAUUCCAUGAAAGUAUAUAAGAUAACGAUUAAGUUUUGAGUUAAAGUAGUAUUAAUAAUUAUAUUAAUUUAUGUUUUACAUUUUGAAUCUAAAUAUAGUUUUUUAUUCAAUAUCUUAGAGCUAGUAAAAUAUAAUUCUAAUUAUCACGGUACAUAAUGCAUUUAUUAUUGAUUUAUUAUUAUAAUUAUUAUAACUUGUAUUCAAUGGCAUGUUGAACAAUUUUCAAACCUAAGACAAACUACUACUAUUUGACCACCCAUGCACCCAUAGCUUUUUAUCUGUUUGGUUUUUUUACUAAACAGUAUAAAUAUAUAUUAUAAAAAACUUUUUAACAUACUGAAUCCAUUACCCUGUACUCCCCCAUUUUGAUUUAAAGUAAUUGCUUCAACAUACUACUGUAUGUAUUUAUUAAGGACUGAUAUUAAAAAUGUUAGUAGUAUUAAUUAUUAAAUUUAUUAUAGAAAGUGUACGUUAGUACAA